UGCAGGACUGCAGACAUUCACAGGAAGCUGGACCAGCAAUGGCUCUGCUGAAGGUUCUGCUGCUGCUGGGGCUGGGUGUUUCAGUGAACUCAGAUGUUUCUCUGCAGAAGAGAAUCAUUGGAGGUCAUGUCUGUGGUAUUGCGGAGCGUCUUUAUCACGUUCGGCUAACGGGCAACAAUCGUACUCAUACCAUCCUAUGUGGAGGAUCUCUGAUCCACCCUCAGUGGAUCCUGACUGCAGCUCACUGCUGGAAGUCGGGGGCACGGUGGAUUAAAGCAGCAACAUUAAAAGUUCAUCCAGGGAUUUCUAGAACAUAUGCUCCCAGAAUUGAAGGCCAUCCUAUGGUUUUUGCUUCCGAAGGCAAGCAGCAUGACAUCAUGUUGCUGAAGCUUCAGAAACCAGCAAGAGGCGUCACACCUGCUUCGCUUCCAGACUGCAGUAAUCGUCUUAAAAAAGAUGAUGUCGUUCAGCUGGCAGGAGAGGGAGAAACGACAAUCCGCCCCAGUAAUAAGCCAUCUGCUAGAGCAGGAGGGCUUCAGUGUGUCGACAUGAAGGUUGUUGAGGGUUCCCAUCUCCUGAAGCCAUAUGGGCAUGUAUUCUCUACUGCAGCACCAAACAAGGAUGCAUGUUAUGGUGACUCUGGUUCAGGGGUGAUGUUCAACGGCAAGAUUUAUGGUGUGAUUUCUCCUGGUGUACCAGUCAAUGAAUGUCAGAGCGCAGUUUCCAUCAUGGAUGUGUGUGAAUACAUGGAGUGGAUAAAAGCAACAAUUAGCCUAAAAAAAUGACUGUCAUGGAGUAUUAUUCUCAUCAAAUUUCCUCUCAGAUAUAAUUUUAUCAUUGCAUCUUGGUUAGUUUGAUCCAGAUGUUUGUAGAAUUAGAAUUGAUCUCCGUAACGGAUUUUUCUCUGUUUCAGAAAUAAAAAAUAAUGAAUCAAUAAAUGCAUGAAAAGAAACAUA